AUGGCGCGUAUGGUAACAUCUCCGUGUCUAGGAGACCACGUUACAACAACAAACUCAAAGGACACUGCUAAUUCUAAAACGGUCCGCCACACAACCCCAAGUACAAGCCAGGGCGCGCACAAUCCCAUCGCGUCCCCGGGACAAUCGACCGAUGUAGCAACCGAAGACUUCGAAAUCACCGCCGCACUGAACCUCAUCGCCGUCUCAGUGGCUCAGCAGCGCUAUCUCGCCGCCAAAUCUUUCAUCCUCCACCCGGCCACUCUGACUCUGGUAGCCGUGGGUUUCGCUUACAGUGUCGGUGCCGUUUACCAUGACCCAUCUGGAUGGCCCUACAUUGUUGUUAUCUGUGUCACCGUGGUAUCAGCCACUCUGGGUAUUGUCACACGCGUGGUUAUGGAGUAUAACAAUGAGGCUGGGAAGGUUGGAACAUUGAACUGGCUGUACGGGCAUGAUCUUAGCAAUGAUGUUAGCGCCCAUCAAGACCCCGCCUUCAACUCGGACAAUGGAGUUACGUUUGUGCUUGUUCAUCGAUUCGGGGCUCGCAUUGUCGGAGCGCUUGUUAUUAGCAUCGUCUACGGUGGAAUUGAACCCAAUCCGAAUGCCAACACGACGAUCCUCCCAACGGGCGAAGACCACCAUGCCUUUAUACGUGCCUGGACAGUUCAAAAGGCCUUCCGUGGGUACGGCAUUGGCGCCGCGCUCCUCUACGAUGCUGUCAUGAUCUGCUAUGAGCAUAAGUGGAAUGGACUCCAGUUCGCGAAUUCCCACGCCAACUCGCUUCGCGUCUUUCCCUGCAUCUUUCACUAUGACAUGGAUCAGGCAUCUACUAUGUGGAGCUCGUAUCUGCGCAAGCGGACUGAGGCUUAUCGUCAAUCACUUGCUGCUUUAGAGGCUCGGAUCCUCAACGUGGCCCUGCAUACGAAGGUUAACCAGGACCCGAUGGUUGAUGCACAAAGGCGGUUAAUUUGUACCCAUGCGAAGCUGGAGGAAUUGAUCCGAAGAUACUUCAAUGUGCGUCUUGAAAAGGCAGUUGAAGCUCAGACUCGAUGGAAGGAAUCGUAA